AAUUUCGUACACAAGUUUUAUAGUGACCAUAGCUGCAGCACUCAACAAAUACAUUUGUCCGUAUAGUAGUUUUAAAUCCGUACACUCAUAGACAUGGAUAUAUCCAGAAUAUACAAUCUUCCUCAAUUGGAUGAAGAAGGAUUUUCCGAAGUUAUUCCAUAUCCUUCAAAUGAUGUCUUCAAUAAGGAUGCGUAUUUUAUGUUCGAGGCAGACAAUAAACUGAACAAAAAUUCAGAUACCGAAGCCCUCCGCGCUGUUAAGCUAGAUCCAGCGGUAUUAGAAGCCCAGCUCACGGUGGACGCGCGGGAGCCAGCAGAAGUCUCGACCCUGAGCCCAAAGACCUCCGAAAAUAAAGAAUCUCUUGAAGCCAGCUUCGAACGGGUGAUGCUGCAACAGGAGGCAGCUCUGCUCUCGCUGACUCCCACUCAAUUCGACCUGCUGAUGCGCUUCACCGAGACUCUUCGUCAACAGCGCCACAGCUUACAAAAACAAUUGGAAUGCGCCUUCUGCAAGAAUAACGGAGAACCGUUAUCCUGGUAUUCAGCGCACUCUCUGAAAGACAGCCGCGGGCGGGUGCGCUGUCCUGUGCUGCGCGGAUACCGCUGUCCGCAGUGUGGGGCCUCGGGCGACUGGGCACACACCAUUAAGUACUGCCCGGGGACAUCACAGGUAUAGCAAAAAACGAGUUGGUACUAGUGAAAGAAUAAAUAAACUAAAAAUAUUUUAAA